AUGGAGAAAAUUCUCUACAGGGCCACAAGGGUGGGGGAGCUGGCCCUGGCCCUCAGCAGCUGCAGCACAUGGGAGAGCGGGUAUAGCACCUCACCUGCGCUGCACACUAGAGCUGACCCUGUUGCUACCAUCCCGGCCCAGAACCUGGACUACAAGGUAGUGCAUCCCAACAUCCACCUCUUCUAUGCACUGCUGGAGUGUGUGAAGGGACUGGACCUACAGAUCCACAGCUACAGGGUCUCCAAGACACAAGGCAACAAUAGGAUGUCCAAGAGGAGCCCCAGUGAGGGCCCAGUAUUGAGGAAGACUAAGGUCUCACGAGUAGUGAAGUGUGGUCACUACAAGAUGAGCUGCUCAUCCCAGACCCUGGUAGGGGCAUCCAGUACCAUCAAGUUCUUCACUGAGGCAAUCAUGGGUCAUCAGUUCCAAGAAGUGGAGUUAGACAAAGAUGAACCUCAACCUGGAGACCUUUUCCUGUUCAAGUUGCAGUCUCCUAGGGCACAGUGGUUCGGGGCCCACGUGGGUGUUUACUGUGGCCACGGAGAGAUCAUACACUUUGAGGGCAGGACCUCCGGUGAUGGUGGACUACAAACACUUCUGGGUUACUGUGAAGGUGUGGUGUGCAAACAGGGGCACCGUGCCCUGCAGCGCUCCAGAAGGCUCUGGCGUGUGCUUCGAAGACGUGGUGGCAUUAACCCUGUAGAGCUGGAGUGUCGUGUUCGAGAAGCUAUGGACUCAGAUCCUCCUCCCUAUCAUCCUACUAGCAGCAACUGUGUGCACUUUGCACUGAACCUGUUGGGCAUGGACUUAAUGUCAGUGGACCUGGAUUUGACCAGGGAUUGA